AGAAGUUUCCGAAGCACUUUUACUAAGUUAUCAUCUGACGCGAAGAAAAUGGCUAGCAAGACUGCUUCCCGUUUUAAGCACAAGGGAAGCAUUUCUGAGAUUCCCGAUGAAUCUUGGGAAGAGCACAUUAGAAAGCUUCGCACAAACUAUGAAGAGACUCUCAACCUGGAACAUAGUUUGGGAGUGCUCAUGAAUCGUUCCAAUGACUUAAUGGAGUCUUUUAUUCAAGUGUAUACUGCUAUCUCUAAAAUGACUAUUUCUGACGAUGAACCAUCGAAUGCAGAAGCGCGCGAAGCUCUUGUCAACAAGACCAAAGAGAUCCAGGAAGAUGCCACCGUUUUUGAAAAGAUUAAGGAGGGCAUCAUUCCCUUGGUGCGUGGAUAUAAGGAGGAGCUGGAGGCUCUCCUGAAGCUUUGCGACGAGCGUGCUCCCUUCAAGCUGGAGCGCGAUCAUUACCACUCCAAGAUGGAGAAGAUUGGCGACGCCAAUCAAGAUACGGAUUUGGUGGACCGUAACACGGAGAAGCUGAGCCGUGCUGAGACUCAACUGCAGAUGAUCGAAGCUCCACUGCUGCUGCGUUUGCUGGAUUUUGAGAAGCGCCAUGAUGCGAUCGUGAGCUACAUCACGGACGUGGUGAUGCUUACCUACAAGAAUUUCUUGCAAAAGCUCUCGCUGAUGUACGCUUCGGCUCCGGAAGUGAUUCCUGUGGAGCGCGAGCCCACCUUGCCGUUGAUUCUGAACCACGGCAAUCGCAGCGACAUCGAUGAUGUGAAGGCUGCGGUUGCCAAGCAGAACGCGGAGUUCAAUCAGAUGAUGGAGGCUCGAAAGCGCAAGGCUUCGGCGGACAAGACGAGCAAGGCUGCGAGCGACCCGAUUGAGCAGCUCAGUUCGGAGUCUCUCUCGCAGAAGCCUGUCUCGGAGCCCUCUUCGGAGCCUGUUUCGGAGCCUGCUCAGCCACAGCAGGCUUCUCCGGAACCUGCGCAGCAGCAGCCCAUGCAGCCGCAGCCGCAGCCGCAGCCGGGUGCUCCGAUGAACGGGUUUUACUAUCCGAUGAACAUGUAUCCGCAGCAGCCCAUGCAGCCCAUGCAGCAGCCUGACGGUUCGAUGGGCAUGUAUCCCUACCCCAUGAACAUGUACCCGCAGCAGCCCAUGCAGCAGGCAGAUGGCUCCAUGAACAUGUAUCCCUACCCCAUGAACAUGUACCCGCAACAGCCUAUGCAGCCUAUGCAGCCUAUGCAGCCUAUGCAACAGCCCAUGCAACCCAUGCAACAACCCAUGCAACAGCCUGCCGCUGAACCAUCCCCCAAACCUGCCGCUGAAUCAGCUCCCAAGCCUGCCGCUGAAUCAGCCCCAGAGCCAGCUCCUGAGCCAGCUCCUGAGCCAGCUCCUGAACCUGUACAACAACCUUUGCCUGAACCUGCUCAACAGCCUAUGCAGCAAUCCAUUCCUGAGCCUAGUCCCGCAGAAGAAACAGUGAGUGCUCCUGCGAAGGCCUAA